AUGUCUUUCGACCCUUCCGCCCUCCCAUCACUCACCAGCAAGGUUUAUCUCGUAACUGGUGGGAACGCGGGGAUUGGGUACCACACAGCCCGGCAGCUCGCCUUGCACGGCGCACGAGUAUAUAUCGGCUCGAGGUCUCUCAGCAAGGCUUCUGACGCUAUCGCCAAGAUAAAAGCCGAAGCCCCCAAUGCCGAUGUCCAUUUCCUCCACAUGGAUCUCAUGGACUUAUCAUCCGUUGUCAAGGCGGCGGAUGAGUUCAAGCAAAAGGAGGACAGGCUAAACGGGUUGGUCAAUAAUGCUGGCAUUAUGGCCACGCCAUUUGCGAAAAGCGAGAAGGACGGAUUUGAAGCCCAGUGGGAGACCAAUUACUUGAGCCAUUGGGUUCUGACUUGGCAUUUGCUAGAUACACUGGCGAAGACGGCCAAAGAAGAAGGCUCGCCUGCUGGGAAUGCCAGGGUGGUUAAUUUGACGAGCAAUGGUCACAAAGCUGCCCCAAAACGUGGCAUCGAUUUUGACGACCUGGACCAGAAAAAUGGCGGAAUCUGGUCCCGAUAUGGCAUGAGCAAACUAGCAAAUAUAUUGCAUGUCAAAAAGCUGAACAAGCUCUAUGGCCCACAGGGCUCAGAGGGUGAGAAGACGGGCAUCUGGACUGCCGCGGUACACCCGGGGUUUGUCGAUACAGAUCUCAAUAAGCAAACGGAUGGGCCUAGUUUUAUACAACCAGCAUUAAAGUGUCUGGGGGUUUACAAGAAACCUGAGGAAGGCGCUUAUACCACACUCUUCGCAGUGGCCGCUUCGGAGUUCAAGCAGAGCAACAGUGGGGAGUAUUUCGAGCCGGUGGCUAAGAAAGGGAAGCCAAGCAAGCACGCUAGCAAUAUGGAGCUUGCUGACCAGCUGUGGGAAUGGACGGUGGUGGAAAUGCGGAAAAGGAAGUUAUUGGAGCAAUAG